AAAGAGAAACCGUAAACAAGGGCUGAUCCCGACGUCUAAUGUAAACCCGGAAAACACCGAUGAACAGAUCGGGGGAGGGGAAGAAAUCCCCCUCCGUCCCUUCACCUGAUCUCAGGUGUUGAGUUAAGAGCGGCGACGUGGGCAGAUGUGGGUGGAGCUCGGGUUUUGGCGUACAGGUAAACCUCCGUGUCUCUUCAUCAGACUAAAACCUCCGUCUACAGCGAGUGGCUUCAAGCCUGCGAGCUGAAGAUUUCUUUACGGACAGUUUAAAAAAAGGGCCCACCAUGGAAACAGAGACAAAAAAACAAAGGCCUCUUCACGGCCAGACAAUCUGUGUGCCCCAUCAGGACACAAUGCGUCUCCUGGAGGUUUACGUCAAGCGGAGCCUCAGCCUGAAUGAUGGCAGCCUACAGGCAAAGCAAGCAAGGAAGAAGGAAAAGUGGGUGACCGUGUCCAAAAACCUCAGACGAUCCUCCAGCGACCCUUCGCUUCUCUUGACCGAGGAUUUGGAUCCCAGAGAAUCAGGGACUUUACCUGAGGCUGAAACCCAGACAGAUGAGCUGAAGAGCGAUCCUGAAGUGCCGGAGAAACACGCAAUCAAGUCAAGGAGCACCAAAAAGAGCAAGAAAUCCUCAUUUUGGAAGAGUUUCCUUGGUAUUUUUUCCAAGAACAAGGACAAAGAUGAAGAUCCAGACAGUCCUCCAUCAGAGGUGUUUGACGUCUCUGACCAGUCAACUAACUGCCUGCCCGCAACUCAGAUCACUUCACCAAAGAAAUCAUCGAGGAAAAAGUCGCUAAAGAGGAAACUGUCCAAAAGGCUGUCCCUGAGAUCGAAUAGGUUUGGCAAAGAUCUCCAUCCUGCUGACAUCACCGAAGUAGGAGCUGUGAUCAGCGUCAAACCAACAGACUCCUACUAUGAGAAAGUGUCAGAAGAACUUGAAAAAAUUGUGCACGAGGUCAAAGAGCAAGAGGAAACUGAAGCUCUUUCCAGUGAGGAACUUAUCAGCAGGAUCAUUGCUCUGACAAAACAAGAGGGCGAUGCCAUUCACGGCAAGCUGAAAGAUAACCCCACCCUGAGCAACUUCUUCCAGAAGAUGUCUUACUCCUCCUUCCAGAAGAUGGCAGACAAAUACCUGGAGAGCGAGGCGGCGCAGACCCACACGCCUCCCACCGUGCCACCCACAGCGCCCGAGCUAGUCAAGCUGGCCUUCACGCUCGACUUCACGGCCAGGAUAGCUGGGCUCGCCAAACAGAACGUGGGCCACAUCACUUGUCUGGGUAACCAGUACCUGCAGGACCGAUUCGAGUACAGACAGGCAUGCACAGACCAUCCGUGGUCUGACAGCGACGCCGUCGACGGUCUUGCUCCAACGGUCGAAUGAAGCUGAAGUCUGGCCAGCUUCCCACGGAUGUGACUAAAGCUGUGCACGAGCUGCACUUUAUGAACAUUGUCUAACAAAUGAAGCUAUUUAAACUUGUGCUUAAAGAGUGACAACUCCUUGAAACUGUGACCACCACUGUGUAGACCAAUGCCCUGAAUGUAAUCUUGAGUGAAAAGUACUGAACUGUGAUAGCACUUUAUUGGGAUUAUAAAUAGGUGCUUACAAAUAUAGCUAAUCAGAGGUUUUUUUGUGCGCGAUCACAGAGGUGAGGGAUCCGGAUUCAGGAAAGUAAAAUCCCUGCCAGGCUUUCCUUCAUCCUGUUCACUUAACCAGGUGGUUUUAGUCCAGGCCUCUGCUGUGGAGCUGAAAAUGCAAAAGGUUGGAACUAAUCUCUGGACCGGCCUUUUACCUUCUCAACCUGGAUUCCCCACCUCUGAAUCU